CAGCCGCUGCCAUUCUCAUGCAUCCACUAGCAUGGUCAUUGGCCCCGCUGCCGCAGUCACCCUACCGACUCCAGAAUCCUACUGCAAAAGUGAUCCGCUAGCUAAGCAAGCAAGGACGACAACAAUUCCCCGAAAGCAGCACACCUUGAUUCAACUCUAUUACAUCCCCGUUUUGGGACUUGGAGUUUUGCCCACCAACGCCUCUCAGAGUCCUCUUUGUCAUUUACUUCAUGAACCCGACAGACUGGAUGAAGGCGUUCACAGCUGUUUGCGCGGACCGAGACAUGAUCCAGCCCUUGUUUUCACCGUCGAGGGAAUGGCCUUCAGCAGAAGCAGCAAACAUCAUCGUCGUCAGGGUCCACUAUCGCAAGGAUCCCCACUGGGCAACAAAAGAGCUUUCUGUCCCAUCCCACUAUUCACCAACGAACUUCAACCCGCAUCCGGCGAGACAUGUUCAGCCAGCGCACAUGGCAGCCUCCUGCUUCAUCGACAACCAGAAACCUAACGGGCACAGCCUCCACAAAGUGCCUCGAUCCUCCCCGUCGCAGGAUGCUAGAGGCACACUUCCCGCCGGUUUCUAUCAGGUCUCUGUCCGCUCAAGGUGUAGUGCCCACCAUCGUGCUCCCGCAAGCUUCAGGUCCCCGAGACACGCACCACGUCCCUGGGACCGGUAUCUGUCUGUUUGCGUUUCUGCUUCUCGUUGGAUUUUGCACGCCCUCCAUGUGGGAAAAUUGAGUAGCCUCAAGCCCCGCGGCGCCUUGAACUCGCCCCGCGCGCACCGCGUAUUCUUCUCUCGUUCCCAGGUCCCCGGUCGAAAGUCUCCCGUUUGCGGCAUCGCCGGUGACGUGCGGAAAACUUCUUCGUCGCCUUCUAGCGUCUUUCUACUGGCCGCACCGUCACUUUUCUCAGGCACACGUACGCUCGCAGCCUUUUCUUUUCCCCUCGAGUCCGG